CUGUUUAUGUGAGAUACUGUCAGAGACAACGGCUGAACGUCUUUACUCUGAGAUGCGUCAAGUCCAGGGGGUUAUCUCUUCGAUAACCUCCAUCUCUCAGGAAGCUUUUAUCAUCACUCUAGCCAAGCUACUUAAGGGAACCAUGGAAGAAACUAGUCUAAUGGUCUGUGGACUGGCAGCAAAUAUGGCUGAAAGGUUAACCAAAGAGGAACUCUCUCAGUUCAUCGCAGAUAUCCUGUCCUCGUAUGAGAAAGCUUUGAAGGCUGCAGAUAAGAUGGGUGGCUGGAAGAUUGGGGCUGAUGCUGACUCCAAACAUAGAUUUGUACAAUUCACUUUACAGGGCAUGGAUGAAGCCGAAGGAGAGUACUUGAGUGUAGAUCAGGUGCAGUCUUGGUUAGAGAAGACAAGAGUCUUUUAUUCUCUCUUCACGGAUGUCUUUCAAGUCUGCUUUCAUCCAGGAAACACAAUGCUAAAGGAUGACGGUGCCGCUUCUGCAGCGGCAUAUGUGGAUGAGGCCGACACCAUCACCGAUGACAUCAUACACCAUGUACCUACGCUGCCUCUCUGUAAGGAUGCACCAUGGUCAAAGUUCACGACCUUACUUGACCUCCCAAGCCUGCUGACCAUCAACUAUCACCUCCCCCAUGAGCUGAGACGUGAAUGGAGAUUCCUCUAUUCAUCGUCCAUCCAUGGAUCAAGCUUCUCUACAUUCCUAGCUCACAUUCAGAACAAAGGACCUACAGUUUUAGUGGUUCGAGAUACCGAUGGAAAGGUCUUUGGGGGAUUUGGGUCAGAGAGCUGGCAUCUAGGACCAAAUUUCAUAGGAAAUACUCACUGUUUCCUGUUCAGUUUGACCUCUGACCUUGGUGUAUACGAGACGACAGCCCACAAUGAUCAUUACAUGUAUCUCAACAUUGAUCAGCAAACAAUGCCAAAUGGUCUGGGUAUGGGAGGACAGUUUGAUUACUUUGGACUAUGGUUAGACCAGGACUAUGGUAAAGGCCAUAGCAGGGCCAAGCCUAAGUGUACUACCUACGACAGUCCCCAGCUGUCUGGGUCUGAGAACUUUGUUAUCGACUGCGUAGAAGUCUGGGCAGUUGGGCCACUACCAAAGAAAGAUACUGAGGAUGAUGAAGAGGGAGGUCACAAGAGUAUCCUAGACAAGGACGCAGCGGCCACUGCCCUCCUGGAGCUCAUAGGAAAGGCAAGAAAGAGCGAAGGAUUGAGGGAGAUUGAUGAAGAUGCAAUGGCAGACAUACCUGAGGUUCAUGAACUACAUGUACCACACCCAGUAUCCUGAAUGAUGACGCUGGUCUACGGGUACCACUGGAUCAUAUCAACUCAGGCUGAAGAAAGAGUACUGUCAAGAGGUCGGAUCAUAUAGACACGAAACAAUGAGGUCAUGGCUUGGUCUCAACUAUAAAAUCAACUUGCCCAUUGCUAAUUGGUCCAAUCCUUCUGCUAUUUAAGUCUCAAUGAGUUUAAUAUUGUUACUAGGGGAUUUAUUUACAUUUUUGUAAUUAUGAGAAAAUCUGGACUUAUAAUCAUGAGAUUGCAGGUGCAUGAAAAAUUAUAAUUAAAGUACUAUACAGGUGUGCAAGUUUGAAUCAAUUACUUCCACUUUCUUAAAAUCUAUCUUUCAUAGAUUUCUUCUUGUCAACUUUAGCAGUGGCAAAACAAAAGCAGAAACAAUACAGUACAAAAAAUUCAUAUAAAUCUCAAGGUGGUUGACAGAUUUUUCUGAUAAGCAGAAAAGAAAACAUUGAUAAUGUUGAAUUAAAUUAAAAUAGAUUGUCAUCAAAUCAUGUCUCUUUCUAUAUUACAGCACGAUACAAAUGGUCCGAGAGAGGCAUUCUCAGUUUCUCACACAUCUAAUCCUUGCCAUUUGUGAUUACUGAAAUUUGGUUAAUAUGUGUUUGAUCAUGUAUGCACGUUCUCUCUCUCUCUCUCUCUCUUUCUCUCUCUUCCAAUUAUGUCUUUCUCUCUACAUUCCCCUGGUUUCCCUUCUUGAAUUUACUCAACCAACAUGUUUGUCUUCUUCUUUUUGUCAUACUUUUUUUCUUUAAUCCCAAGAUAUAUUGCUUUCAAACAAUGUAUCUAUUUAAGCUUACUGAAUGACGUGUUCACUUUUUUAUGACUACUUGUUUAUUAUUAUUCAAUUACAUUACUACGGUAUGAAUUACAUUGUACUUUAGGUGGUGGGAUUUCAUGGGAUUUUGGGUGUCAUAAAUUUUGAAAUAAUCUGUAUUUACCUAUUGUCAUUUGAUGUGUUCAUGAUUACAUGUUAUUGUUUCAGUGAUUAUCAUAUAUAUUUUAUGUUUCAAGCCACAUUAAUGUGAACAGGAGGCUCUGCUUGUCUUAUGUGAAGAUGAUCUUUCCUCAUUCUUAAUGUUAAUGUGUUUUUUUUGCCAAAUUUGAUGAUGAAAAUAUCAAAAUUGAUGAUUACUUGUUCUCCAGAAUCAUGUCAGCUAUGGGCCUUUUACAUGCAUCACUUCACACUUGUUUCGUUAUGAAAGUCACAAAGUACAUCUGCGAUGUCAUAGAACAUUCAAAUAUUUAUUAUGGCAAUAGAUGAAAUGUCUGUAUUGAAUUUGAACUUAAAUACUGAUAUUUACAGGAACAUUUUCAAUGAAUAAGUACAGUUCUUUAAACAAACAUGGCCAUACACAAUAAUGAUAAUCAAAAAUAAAAAGAAUAAUAGAUUAGUUAAGCAGCUCAUAAUAAACUGGAAUCAAUCUAUUUGAAUGUAGCAGGGCUCAUCGUACAAGAAAUAUUCAGAAUAAUAUCAUCUUAUCCACUAUCUUUGAAUCUAAAGUGAGCCCCUUGAAAUCACCCAAAUGAAAUGGAUCCAACAAACUAAAUUAUAUUAUAUGCCAUGUGCAAUAGAAGGUAAAAUGAGUUGUAAGUAAUUUCAUGCAAUUUACUGUUCUAUAAGAAUACAACAAGAACUGCAGUAGCAGAAUAAUGCCAAAUUUCUAUGUUCUUCAAAAUGCUUUACUAGUAUGAUAAGCUUUUGCUCAGCCCUGAACAUUACAAGAAAGUAAGCUUUGUCAUUUUAAAAAGCACCAAUGUUAUGUUUAGACUUUGGAUAUGUUUAAAUAUGAAAUAGAAACACCAGUAUGUAACAUAAAAUAUAAUAUAUUUGAAGGGAUGAAUCUACCUCAUAGUUCCAUCAAAUAUAUUGCAAUUCUUUCCAGAUGCAAGGUAGUAGUUACAAGUCCAUUAAAUCAUAUUACAUGUAUAUAUAUUAUAUAUAUUUUAUUCUUGAGAUUACAUAUUGUAACAUUUAAAGUAUAUUUAAUCAACUUAUUUUGUUACGACUUUUAAAAUAUAGUCAAAUUUGCAUGGCGCUUAUUUGAUAUGUUUUGAAUUGCUUUACAUGGUGAUUAUUAUAACCCCUGUAAUUGGUUUCUAAUGUCAAUCCACACAUUAUAAAGCACAAUUUCCAGCCAGGUGCCAGUUUACAAGGGCACACGUGCCAAUUCAACCACAUAAACGUUUGCAUCCUACAGGGUACCCAUUUAACACCUGGGUUUAGAGUGGCAAAUGUAGAUUAAUGUCGUGCCAAAGGACAUUAGUGCUGCGGUGGGUCUCGAACCACAAACCUCAUGAUGAACAGUAGGUUGAUGUUUCCACUAGACCACGACACCUCUUAUUAUCUACUCAUUUGGAAAGAUGGUAACGAAUUGUAGAAAUAGAUCAAGACUAUCUAACAUAAGAUGUAUGGAAUAACACAUAAUAAAAAAAUGUUUUGCAAUCAAUGGUUUACAAUAUAGCCUUUUGUAACAGUACAACUCAAACUUUAUCAAAUAAAAGUUAAUUCUGCUUUAGUAUUUGUUUAGUAUGCUGGAUAGCUUUAUAAGUGUUUAACAUGUACAUGUGUUUAUAUACAAUUUUUUGAUGUUGGAAUGUAUCAUUACCAUUGGUCUUGCAAAUAAAAUCAAAGAUCUAUAUUUACUUUGUACAAACAGACUAAAGUGCCUUUAAUUUUCAUGUUCAUUGCAUUCAAGAUAAAUCAUAAACUCUGGGAAAAGUGGCCUUCAUUUUUAUCCCACAUUACAGUUAAAAAGGACUUCCAUCUUGUUUUAGAGCUAACACACUCCACAUGUAUAUCAUUAUGGAAAGAUUAUAUAAAUACAAUGCAUCACAAAACAAAAUAAGAUGUAUUUAUGUACAUCUACAUGAGCACAUUCAAACCUUACAGAGACUAUCUGCCUGUCCA